AUGACAGUACCCACGUGGCUAUCUAAUCUCAGCUGUGGCCUCUUGCCCGACCAAGCUACCAGCCCACAGAAGAACACAGCGAACAGGCCAGUUGCUGCUACUUCCCCUACUACUACUGGACAACGUCAAGGAGGCUCACCGCAGACAACAACGGCUAGUACGCCUCAAGAGGCUGAGGGACUUGAUUCUGCGGCCGAAGAGGCCAGGAAGAAGCGGGUUGAAGAGGCCCGUAAGGCGGCUGCUCAGAACAGUAAGAUCGGCAACAUGCUGAGAGUCGGGUCGACCUUCGAUGCCAAUCAGGGGGGAAUGCUCGACAUGAAUGAUACCACAAUGAAAUUCGGCUGGGAUCUGUACGCCCUCUUGAACGUGAAGGUCAUCGAAGCCUCUGGUCUUCCAGCUGCUGACAUCAACGUCAUCAGCUCCAACUCCUCCGAUCCUUACACGGUCCUUACCCUGCUGGAAGACAAUGUGACCAGGAAGACCAAGAUAUGUAAGCAGACUCUAUCUCCAGUGUGGAACUUUGAGUGUACCACUAUGGUGGUGGAUGUCCCCUGCCAGAAGAUGGAAGUACAAGUGUUUGAUUACGAUAUGGCUUCUGAUGAUGAUCUCUUGGGUACAGCCUACAUAGAUCUCACUAACCUCAUCCCUGGCGAGCCGGCUAACGGCUGGCUCCCCUUGGUUGGGGAGGAUGGCAAACCCGCUGGUGCUAUCCAUUUAGAGUUGAUGAUUAUGUAUACACCUUCCUCUGAGAGGAUUGCCUUUGUGCAAGAGGCCAUGGUACCGAGACCUAAACCCAAGCCGAAGUUCGACAUCAACGCACUUUAUGGCCCUGGCAUGUUCAUGGCACAAGUGUUGUGGUUUGACACUCUUCAGCCCAGUGUUGAAGGAUCAUGUUCUGCCAAUAUUAAUGUGGGAGAACUGGCUUCUCUCCACGAUAGUUCUCGUAGGAUUCAUAUAUGCAAGUUACUACGCGGCCUACUGGCCAGCGUUCGCUGUUGGGCUCUGGCAGUUGCCAUGAUCCGUAACAAAGUGCUCAAGGGCUAUGAUCGCUUCAUGCAGAAUAAGACACUUUCCUCGACAAUCGAUGCAUCGGGGAAGCUGAUAUUGGAGGACUCCGAUGAUGAUAAAGACGACAGCAACGAACCUCAAGAGCAGUCAUUCAAUGGUCUCAUUAAGACUUUCACUAGACUCUCUCCUGGUUGGGUGAAGGACCUAGCAGCCGGCUUCCAGCCUCUUGUAAGGCAACUCGCUGAUAUCGUCACAGAAACGAGAGAGAUCAUUCUCUGGAGACAUAAGCUGUCGAAGCCCAUUUGCUAUGCAUUGUGGGUGGCCGGCGUCGUCCUUUGCUUCAUCCCAUUCUGGAUUGUCGUAAUGGCCGCUGGUGUUGGUAUUAUCUGCGCCAACUCCCCAUUGAAGGGGCUUAGUAUUGGCCUGGCUAAGGCGGCGGCUCGGCCUACACCUACUGGUGAUGUUGGCCUGCUGGAUGCUAUGGAGGAAUUCCAUAUGUCUGAGGAGUUCAGGAAGCAGGCAGCUAAGAAACAGAGAAAACAGCAGAAGUAA